AUGGCUUCGGAGGAAAAAGGCGUGGAGUCAAUCAGCGAUGGUGGUAAAAAGACUAGUGUAGAUUUGGACUCAAUCUUGGUUGAGGAAGUGGGCCAGUUCGGAAGGUAUCAGCUGGUGACUUUGCUCUUGGCGGCUGUGCCCGUGAUAUUCUCAGCGUUCGCUUCUGGUGAAUAUAUCUUCACGACAGCCAGGAUACCUACUAGGUGCCUAAUUCCCCAAUGCGAUGGCCCCAACCCAGACUUCUCCGCUUCCUGGGUAUCUAACGCGAUCCCGACCAUUAGCGGUGGCAGGCUGGACCAGUGCUCCCGGUUCGCGAACAGCACCAUCCAGGACAUCCAGCCUGGGGAGACUUGCCCCGCCAGGCUCUUCGACGUCACCACGGUGGAAGGCUGCGAGAGCUACGUCUACCAGAAUACCAUUAGCGUCGUCUACGAUUUUGGGCUAGCAUGCGACGAAUGGCGGCGGUCUCAGAUCGGCUCCAUCCGCACGAUUGGCACGCUGCUGGUGCUGCCCAUCACGGGCUACAUCUCCGACCGCUGGGGGCGGCGCGUGGCGCUCACCAUCAACGCAUUCAACACGGGCUGGAUUGGGCUUGUACGCGCCUUCGUCAACUCCUACGAGUGGUUCCUGGCGCUGGAGGUGCUGGAGUCCGCUGUCGGCGCUGGCGCUUUCUCCUCUUGCUAUAUUUUAGUGACGGAGCUGGUUGGUCCCAAGUACAGGGUGAUUGCUGGUGCAACGAUGUCAACCAUGUUCGCCGUGGGGCAAGUUAUAUUAGGAUUCAUUGCUCAGGCGCUUCCUCAGUGGAGACCACUGACAAUGGUGCUGUACGCACCGCAACUUCUCGUCGUAUCAUACUUCUGGAUCCUGUCAGAAUCCGUACGCUGGCUGAUGAGCAAAGGUCGUUACGAAGAAUCAGAGAAGAUUCUCAAGAAGGUAGCCAAGUGGAACAAGAAAGAAUUGUCAGAUAAAUCUUUGGAAGCGCUUCGAGCGUCUGCUGAAGCGGAAAAGUUGAUGGUGAAACCCAAAGAACAGUGGCUACCGAUUCUGGUGUUGAAAUCGCGGGUGAUCUUAUCACGCUGCUUGGUGACUCCAAUCUGGUGGAUCACCAACACUCUGGUCUACUAUGGCAUGAACAUAAACGCGGUGAACCUGUCAGGAAACUCUUACAUGAACUAUGUGAUCGUGGCGGCCAUAGAAAUUCCUGGAUUUUGGACGGCUAUUCUCCUGCUGGAUCGCAUCGGGAGGAAGCCAGUUUUGAUCGGCGCUUAUUGGUUGUGCGCUGCUUGCCAGUUUGCGUUUGCGUUUUUACCCGAAGGUAACGAGGGCGUGUCGAUGGCCCUGUACCUGAUCGGCAAGUACGCGAUAGCGGUGGUGAUGACGUCAGUGUACGUGUACACCGCCGAGCUGUACCCCACCAAGUAUCGCCACAAUCUGUUCGCCUUCUCCUCGAUGAUCGGGAGACUUGGGUCUAUCACCGCGCCGCUCACGCCCGCUCUGGCGUUAGAGGUAUGGGAAAGCCUUCCUUCCGUGAUGUUUGGCAGCUUCGCCCUGCUGUCUGGCGCGCUGAUCUUCACCACGCCAGAGACGCUUGGCACCGUGCUGCCAGAUACCAUCCAGGAGGCCGAGGAUCUUGGCAGCAGACGGAGAAUAACAUGA